CUGGAGCACGCCUGGAUGCUGUCGGCCGCAGACGGUCACUGGGCCGGCCUAGAAGCGCUGCUCGCCUGCGAACCCGGCCUGCUGGCCAAGCGGGACUUCAUCACCGGCUUCACCUGCCUGCACUGGGCCGCCAAGCACGGGCGGCAGGAGUUGCUGGCCACGCUGGUCAACUUCGCCGGCAAACACCGGCUGCCGGUGAACAUCAACGCGCGCACGAGCGGAGGCUACACCGCCCUGCAUCUGGCAGCCAUGCACGGGCACGUGGAAGUGGUGAAGCUGCUGGUGGGUGCCUACGACGCCGACGUUGACAUCAGGGACUACAGUGGGAGGAAGGCCUCGCAGUACCUGAGUGUAAGCGUCGCCGAGGAGAUCAAGAGCCUGGUGGGCGCCCUGGACGAGGAGGAGGAGGUGGACAGCACCACCGGCAGUGGGGGCGGACGCUGGAGGCUGUCGAAGGUGCUCCCUGCACACCUCAUCACCUACAAACUCUCUCACGUCCUGGAGGAUGGAGACCACCACCACUUAACUGAAGGGUGGGCUGGAGGCAAAGCCAAGGAUCGCAAAGCUUCAGGCAGCUCUAGUGGGCGAAUAAAACCCAGACUCAAUAAGAUCCGCUUCAAAACCCAGGUCAUCCACAGCACGCUCUCUUCCCGGGACCCUGAGCAGCCGCUGGAGGAAGAGGAAGAGGAGCGGUCCUUUAGAGGCCACUCGUCCUCUUUCAAGUUGAGACCCAAGUCCAAUGUGUUUGGAUAAAAUAAUCUUUUAACGAAAUGUUAGGUUUUGUGUGGCUUCAGGAUGGAAUACUAGGUGUGGGUGAGGAAGAAAGACCAGAAAAGACAGGAAAAAUUAUGCCUUCCUUCUUACUUGAGGGGCUGGAGUGAGUUGGAGAAAUCCCUUCAGGCCAGUACUCUGGGGGAAGUGGCUUUCUUUUUACGUGAUUCAUCAAAUACUGAUCUGUGCCUCUUGCCCAGACCACCACUGUAACUUGAAGCUCCUGUGUCUACGGACUAGAAAUGUGCUAAAUUGGGGAACAGAAUUGAUGAAUAGGAGUUCCUUUGCUCUAACCACUACUGGAUACAUCCAAAGGAAGGAGUAGUGCACUUUUAUGUAUCUGUUUUUCCAAGUAGCUACUUUUUCAACAGCAACAAAAAAUGCAAAAUGUAAUGAAACUGGUAGCAUUUGUAAGUGUGAACAAAACUGCAUGCUACCUUGUUUUUUACUAAUUGCAUUUGAUUUUUAAGGUACUACUGAAGGACAGGUCUGAGAUGAGUUUCGAAAAUACUAAUUAAAAAAUAAUGUAAAUAAAAACGGGAAUCCUGUUGGUAUCCUAUUUGUAUUGUAAGUAGCGGUUCAGUUACUUUUUUAAAAAAAGCAAUUUCAGUUUUAAUCACUAAAGAAAUAGCAUUUACGUUUGAGUUAGUCUGUACUCUGGUUUCCACCUGUUUAUCCAGCACUGCUGCACUCGGUGUUAUGGGCCAUUAUUAAUAACUACCUAAACUUCUAUUUAAAAGGACGCCUAGUCUAUGGUACUUUUAAAUAAAAUAUUGCCUCUUUUUCUAAUUGUCAUUAACUUGUUCUUCUAUUCUAAAAGUCUAAAUUUGCUAGGAUUUUUAUGCUGGGGCUCACAUAAUUUUGACUGUAUUUGGCAGAACGUAAUGGUGCUUAGGAAGAAUUACUUAACAGAAACUAGUGGGUUAGGGUUAAAUUUGUAAAAGAUGAUGUGUUAGUGAGCCUGUGCUAUGAAGUACUUAUUAAGUCAACUUAAAGAUUCUUGUAAGACAUUUUUUAUUUCAGUAAUGCACUCAUAGUUUAUGUGCUUUGCAGCAACAUUUUGCAAAUGUUUAAAAUGCUAAAUCUUUCAGUUUUUCAGUUUCUUUGCAUUUACUCAGAGCUAUAGUUACUGAAAAACUGGGUGGUAAGUCUGUCGGGUUAAAAAUGGCACUUUAUAAAAGGAAAAGGGAAAAAAUACAACUAUUUCUGUAUUUAAAUGCUGCUAGCUAUUCAAUUCAUUCGUAUGUAAGUGAAAAGUACCACUCAUAAGUAAAGGCUUUUUAUUUAAAGAGUGGUUCUUAAUUACAUUUCAUUAUUUGUGUUAAAGUAAAUAGCUUUAUAAUUAAAAUUUUACUAACAGGUACCUUAAGCCCUUUUAUAAUAAGCUAAGACAUAUCUGUGGAGGGUUGAUUUGACAAUGUCCUUUUCUCAAAUCUUUUUAGUCUCCUGAGUGCUGACACCAAAGUUGCUAGUACAGCCUGCCAGAGACAGGAGUCAGUUGCCGAAUGCAUGACUCCACACAGGGAGUGUGGAGAGCAGCUGCAUUUAGGAUUCUUAGAUCUUUAAUUUUCCAAGUCACAAAAAUAACAAGUAACAAGUUUGUAACAAAUUUGCCAUGUCACUACCUGCAUGGCAAUUGAAUUUGUUUAAAGAGGGGUGAAAAAAUUUGCAAAAUACAUGAACUAUAAUCCAUUUGUCUAUUUUUGUUUUAGGAUUUUGGAAAUGGGCCAUGUACAUUUGAAAAGCACUUUUAUUCACACAUGUGGGUGAAAAACCAACCUAGUUUUGUGUAAAUUAAAAUAGGUUCAUUGAGGGUGAAAAGCAGUCAUUGGUUCUUAAUCUACAAGUGCAGAAUAGGUAGUGCAGUAGGUAGUGCAGAAUAAGCUACACCUUCACAAUGAGGAAUCUUUAAUUUCAUAGACAUGUAAAACUAAAGCAACUGUAGACUCUUCAGAACCAUCUGUUGGUCAUUAUUAAACUCCUAAACUAUAUGUUAGUAAUUAAUUGCACUAAAUCUAAUUUGCUAGAUCUUUGGAAACUGAGUUACUUUUUUACAUUAAAGAUUCUAACUUUUCUAAUAAAAUAAUCAUUUAAAAUUUCCAAAGUCAUUCCUGGAGGACAGCUGUGGUAUGAUGUGCUUGUGUAUAGUAAGUGUAGCAUUUUCAGCUACUUACCUCUACAUUCCUCAUAUGUUUCAGUUAAUCACAAUUAAUAAAUAAUGAUUUGUGUAAUUUGAUAUUCAUAGAGUUGUGCCUAUCAUUAAUGAAUAUAUGUCAAACACUUGGGUGUUACUCACAUGUGACUGUUUUUACAUGAACAUGUCCACGUAUUUUUUACAGGUACUCUUGAAACUAGUGAAUGUCACUUUUUAUGGUAUGAAAAAAUGCAGCUGGCUUAUAUAACUUAAAAGUCCGGUACUAGUUUGUUCAUGCCUGAAAUUGAGUCCAGGAUGCCUUGUCUCUCACAUUUUUAAUUAAGUGGAAGUUUGACAGUUUCAGAAUGUAAAAUCAGUUUUUAAAGUGCAUUUUUGUCAAAAUAAAAUAUUCAUACUAGAA